AUGAGGCCCAUCAUACCAGGAGGCUCUUCAGGGGAGCACCCUGUCAAGCUGACGCCCAUUACUGGAAGAGUCAGUCGGGCCAAGAAGGGGGUUCCUGUUCAUACGUGUGAUACCUGUCGACCACCAAAGCUAGGCCAUCAGCCACCUGAGCUAUCUUGCACCGUCUCUGGCUGUAAAAAGGUAUUCCACCGCAAAGAUCUACUGGACCGACAUCUACAAAGACAACUGAAACGAGACUCAUCCCGGCGGCGUCGAUCUGGCAGCAGCCCAGCUCGACCCUACAGCAGUUCACCACCGGCACCCUCGAUGCAAGCAGCCUCACCUUACAUCGCCGCUGCCACAACGCCUGCCUCUAGCAUGGGAGUGGUCCCUGGCCACUGGUCAUCAGUCAACAGAUCGACACCUCAGGGAAGCGUAAUGCAAUCGCCGCACAUGCAAUCGCCACACAUACGAGAUACACAGAGCACAUACCAGAUGGCGGAUAUCGGCGUGGUCGACCCCGGUAUGGCUGUACAGAUGCCAGAUUCUAGAGUCGUCUCUAGCUACAACGAAGCUCGUCCUGCUGGGCUGAGCGCGUUGAACCCCCCCGUCCCCGAGCUCUGUAUGCCUGAAACCACCUCCCCAAGCAUGACCUGGACGGAUAGCUCAGGCAUUCCAUCAACUGCUUCAGGAAGUGCUUACUCGACCCCUGCACCUGGCAGCUCCAAGUUUCAACAUUCGUCGGGUCGAGCCCACAACACCGAAUGGACAGCGCAGAUUCCAUCAUAUGCCACAUCCCCAAGCCCCGUCAUUACCGAUGGCAGCUACGCCAUGUCUUUUCCCUACGCUACUACCCCCCCGCAAGUCUAUUCCUCAGUCUAUGGGGAUAACAUAGGGACUCCCUUUCCUACCUACGAACAUGCCCCGAAUCUUUACAGCCCGCACCAAAUGCUUGACACUUCAGUCCGCAGCAUAACUCCGCCCCAAAUGAUCGUGGGUCAGUCAAGCGAGACUCUGAUUGCGGCACCGCAUGCGCUGCCGGUGGACCGCAUGAUGUAUCCUCGCAAUGGCGGUCGCGAGCCUGUAGAUGCUCUGGGCCUAUACACUCUGAUGCCCGCGCCUGCAAUUCUAAGCCAGCAAACCCGAGACAUGAUCCCCAAUUACAUCGAGGUAUACUGGGAUAAGGUGCAUUCUCAGCACCCAAUAAUCCACAGACCAACAUUUGAGAACCCUACGAAUAUACCCGAAGAUCAACUCGAGAUACUCAAGUGCGCCAUGGCGGCUGUCGCCACCCAAUUCCUCGAGCAUGUAGAACAUCGCGCCAAUGGACACCAGCUGCAUACCUAUGCGAUGGACAAGGCAAAGAUGGUCAUCAACGCACAAACCGCCUACCCAUCGAACAUGGAGUCGUGCGACGCUUCCCAGCAAUGGAACAUUUGGGUCCAUGUGGAAUCAAGGAGGCGCCUCUUAGCUGCCUGUUUCCUGCUUGAUGUCCAUGCAUCGUCGUAUCUGGAACAACCUCGUGCCGCAGUUAUUGGCCUGGACUAUACAGACCCUGCGACUCUUCCGGUGCCGCUGUCAAUGGGCACGCUACAUCUAUGGGACGCACAAGACUAUGAAGAAUGGAGUCGCAUGAGCCAAGCAGCUAUGCCAGAGACUAUUGGAGCGACGAGUCUUGAGCAUAUUUCUGCUGCUAACAUUGCAUCGAUUCCUGCCUUUGACGCAUCGCUGUUUUUGCUCGCAUUCGUUCUUCAGCUUCCCCAGCGACAAACUCUUACAAAAGUUGAUCUUUUAGACAAUGCUUCAAGUAUUAGCAUGAGUCACUUUAGAAUUAUGAAUCUGUUCCCGGAUUCACCAGUCGCCAUGUCACAUCUUGCCCUCCAUUAUACCCCGCUGCAUACCCUCUUGUCAGUCUCAGGCGAUAGCUGGGUUUUCAACAAAAAGGUGCUCCAAGCCACCGAGUUCAUGGAGCAUCAGAGAGAGCUCGAAAAAUGGCGAGACUCUGGCAGUGCCGCCGUCGCAGCCGCCUUUGCCGCUCGAGCUCUCAACCUAUUCCUCGGAAUCUCAAGAUAUGCGAGCAAGGACGGAAACGCCUCCUCCAUAUCUCCACGUUUCCAGCGCGCUCAGAAAAAGGACAUUUCCGACUUUUGGGGCAUCUACGUCUGCGCCCUCAUCUGCUGGGCCUUUGGACACAUUGGCAUCAGCCGCUCCGAGACAAAGGCGCCGACUCGGAAAGCCGCCAUACAGUGGCUGCUUGACGUGUCGAGCAUGGAGCCCGGCCAGAUUGAGGAGAUGACUGUGCGGUAUAAGCAAGUUGGCUCCGGCGCGGUGAGCCUUGCGCGCGCGACGCUCGAGAAGGAGUGUCUGGGCGGGCGAAAUAUCUUGCUUGCUGAUGCUGUUGGUGUUUUGAAGAAACUAGAAGAGGGUGAUAACUAUAGACGAUUUUAGGGAAGUUUUCUUUAUUUCUUUUUUUAUUUC